AUGUCGUUCCCAGUCCACUCUGAUCCUCGUCAGCCCGAGGUCCAUGCGAGCACGCUCGUUCUUUUAGACCAGGAACUGCUCUGUGCCUGGUUUGGUGGUACAAAGGAAGGCCUUCCUGACACUAAAAUAUGGCUUUCCAGACUUGACAGAUCCAAACCGGGUGCUACAUGGACCAAGCCAUAUCCAGUGGCAUCUGAGGAGGGUCUUGCGCAUUGGAAUCCAGUCUUGUUUAUAGUCCCGGACGCAAAGAAAAUCCUACUAUUUUAUAAAGUAGGAUCUCCAAUCUCCUCCUGGCGCACAAAUAUCAUCGAAUCGGACGACAAUGGGAAAACCUGGAGUAAGCCGCGCGAACUCAUCCCUGGUGAUGAAGGUGGCCGAGGCCCUGUGAAGAAUAAGCCACUUGUCCUUUCUGAUGGGACGAUAAUUGCACCAGCAUCCCUGGAAACUCCCGAUGGCAAGUGGGACUGCUUCACUGAUGCCUCUCACGACCAAGGCAAGACCUGGACUAGAUCUGCAUUUGUGGGAGUUAACAGAGAAACUUGGCCUGGUGAAGGUGCCAUUCAACCAAGCUUGAUUAACUAUGCACCUGGAAAGAUGUCAAUGCUCACGAGGACCUCUGCCGGUCAUGUCGGCAGAGCUGACUCUGAAGACAACGGGAAGACCUGGGGUGAUAUGUACCUAACCCCACUGUUCAACAACAAUAGUGGGUUGGAUGCUUUGCGCCUGGAGAAUGGGACUUGGCUCGUGGUACACAACCCAGUUCAACAGAGAUGGGGCCCUCGAACACCUUUGGUGAUAUCAAGCUCAUCAGAUGAAGGCAAAACUUGGAAAGUCGUUGUGACCCUCGAAUCAAAGCCGCCACCUGCUGGAUUUUCAAAAAUCGUGGCUCUUGACACUGGGAUUGUAAAUGAUGGAGAAAGUGAAUUCAGUUAUCCCGCUAUAAUUAGCGACGCCGACGAGGACGACGAACCUAUUUUACCCCUCCUAGCUCCCCCACACAACGGGAGCUCUGGGAAUCCUUGUUGCAUUUUUAACGAAACGGUGGAUGGGCAUCAGGCCUGCGUCAAAAUGAUCAACUUCCUAACAAGCGCCGAUGUGAAGGCGAUGCCUCGGGAGGUCUUCAAUUGGAGACUCGUGCUCUCGACGGGAAGUGCCUGUAUGGCUGGCUCUCUAUUUGGAUUUGACACUGGAAAUAUCGGCGGCAUCAUCGUCCUCGACUCCUUUAAAAAGACAUUUGGCCUUACAGCAAAUGGCCCAAAUGCGUAUCAGGCUCCAAAUCUCUCUGCUAAUAUUGUGACUGCAUUACAAGCAGGCGCUGUUCUGGGCGCUCUGUUGGCCUAUACCUCUGCGGAUCGGCUUGGUCGCAAAUGGACAUUGAUUAUCGGAGCUAUUGUCUUUCUCAUCGGCUGUAUUCUCCAGCUGAUUGCACAUCUCAACACGCUCUAUGCCGGUCGUGUCAUAGCUGGUAUUGCAACUGGCCUGACCUCCGUUGUUGCACCGAUGUACAUUUCGGAGACCACACCGAAGGCAAUUCGAGGAUCGAUGACUACUUGUUUUAACCUUAUUAUCAUGACUUCACUUUCUCUUGCCUUUUGGAUUAAUUAUGCCGUGAGCACUUGGAGCAAUCCCUCAGACAAACAAUGGCGAAUUCCAAUGGCCGUCCAAAUGAUUCCUGGUGGACUCCUGCUUAUUGGAAUGAUGUUUCAAAGGGAAUCUCCCCGGUACCUAAUUAGCCAUGACCGGUCAGAUGAAGCAAUUCAGAAUUUAACGUACUAUCGCCAACUCCCUGCCGACCAUCCCUUCGUUGCAAUCGAGGUCGCAGAGAUCACCGAGUCUGUGAAAGCAGAAACGGCUGCGGUCAAAGGAUCUUCCGUCUUCAGUCUUUGCAAAGAAGUCUUUACUGUCCCAGCCAAUCGGCGGCGAUAUAUUCUGGCAUUUACCCUGCAGAUAUUCCAACAGAUGACGGGCACAAACGCUAUCAACUACUUCGCCCCGGCAAUCUUUGCGUCUGUAGGGCUCACAGGAACGAGCACAUCAUUGCUUGCGACUGGCGUCUAUGGAAUUGUCAAAGUCUGCACCACGGUGGUCUACGCAUUCCUGAUUAUUGACAACGUUGGCCGGCGCAAGCCGCUCAUGACUGGCGCGGUAAUUCAAGCUUGCUGCUUGCUUUAUCUCACAAUUUUUGUGAAGUUGGCUACAAUUCAAACAGGCCAGGUCAGCGCUGGUGGAUAUGUCGGCGUAGUUGCUAUCUACAUCUAUGCAUUUGGAUGGUCCUUCGGCUGGUCUGUUGUUCCCUGGGUCGUUCCUUCUGAAAUCUUUCCCAACCGCAUUCGUGCCAUUUGCAUGUCGUCUAUUUUCGCCUGGCAAUGGCUGCUCAAUUUUGCAAUCACUCGAGCCACGCCGUACAUGAUGCUCAACUUGGACAAAUGGGGCGCCUAUCUCAUAUUCGCAGUAUUCACAUUUGCGAGCGCGAUCUGGGCAUUCUUCUUCCUUCCCGAGCUGAAGGGAAGAUCUAUUGAAUCCACAGAUUGUCUGUUCGAGCAAUCUGCUUUCACAAUGCUGAAGCGUGCGUAUCCUACCGAGGAGGAAAAGACUCUGGACUUGUCGUCCAGGGAUAAGGCGCUUGAAGCUGCCAUAGGUACAACCCAUCAUAUCGAGGAGACACCACAGCGGAGGGAGGAUAUUGUGUGA